UUGAGUGUAUGUAUGGUUCACAAAUUUUGAAAAUUCUUAUAAUUUUAAAGAAAUGGAGAAAAAGAGAGGACACAAAGAAAGCAGAAAGCAAGAGUUAAUUAUCUAAAAGGGCAUAUGGCCAUGGCGUGUCUUUCGUCUUGGUGUCCUUCGUCCUUGCAACGUCCCACUACUCAUUUCACCCUUUUCUCUGAUAAAGGGACAGGUAAACUUAGGCAACUAUGUGGUGUGACAUGUUCCAAGAACAACGAACAACAACAACAACAAGAGGAGGGAGACAAAUGUUUAGGCAUUCAAGAAGAACGCCGGGGAGUUGGAGCCAAGAGGAGGCAAAUUUUAGUUGGAAUGACAGUGACUUUUGCCGCAUUCUCUUUUAAGCCAAUUAUUUCUGAUGCAUCAGCCGACACCGAUAUUCCAGAGGGUUUUCGUAUCUACAUUGACGGUGAAAACAAAUUUAAGAUAUUGAUUCCCGAAGGGUGGCGAGUGGGUGUUGGAGGAGGAGACCCAAAUGGGUUUAAGUCAGUAACUGCUUUCUACCCAGACCAAAACACUAGCUCCAAUGCAGUGAGCGUUAUAAUAACUGGCAUUGGUCCGGAUUUCACAAAGAUGGAAUCAUUUGGCAAAGUUGAUGAGUUUGCCGAGACACUGGUGAGUGGAUUGGACAGGAGCUGGCAAAGACCACCUGGAGUAGCAGCCAAACUCAUCAAUUCUAAAUCAAAAAAUGGUUUUUAUUAUAUCGACUACACGCUGCAAAAUCCCGGUGAAAGUCGCAAAUACCUGUUCACGGCGCUUGGCAUGGCAUCCAACGGCUGGUACAACAGACUAUAUACCGUCACAGGACAGUAUGAAGAGGGGGAUGUAGACAAAUACAGUUCAAUGAUUGAGAAGGCAGUCACAUCCUUCGGGUUUACUUGACAGUUGACACUAAAAACUGUUUCUUCGCAUGGAUAAAAACUACUUUGUCCAAUCCAUAGUUACCGGCAAAGAUUAUGCUUCUGCGGAAUGAUGAGCAGAGUUGAGGGAUUUGUAAAUAAAAUUCUUCGAGCAAUACCCGUCCGUUACACUUGUGAACACCAGAGCUUGCAAUUAUUGGCAUAAUUUAACAUUCCAUUCCAAAAUGUCAAUUAUCGGUAAUACAUUUUACAUCGUCAUUGACAGUAACAGUUUUGAGACACAAAUCAAUAAUUAUGUAGUUUUUAUUCUACCGCUACACGUGUAGUUGCAUUACCAAACUCCAUAAAUUUAGUGCUUGCUUAGUACAUGAAUAUAAGCUCAUAAUUUUAAUUC